AUGCGCGCGCUGGCCUCGCUCGUCGCGCUGCUCGUCGCGCGCGCCGCGGCCAUCGAGGAGGACGGCGUGCUCGUGCUGACGGCGAGCAACUUCCAGAACAAGGUCAACGAGCAGUACGACACGGGCAUGAUGGUCGAGUUCUACGCGCCGUGGUGCAAGCACUGCCAGGCGCUGGCGCCGGUCUACGCCGAGGCGGCGCAGGCCCUGAAGGGCGACGUCGUGCUCGCGAAGAUCGACGCGACGCAGGCGCAGGCGCUCGCGCAGCAGCACGGCGUCACGGGCUACCCGUCGGUCAAGUUCUUCAAGCAGGGCCGCGUCAUC